UAGUUUCACCGUCUAAUCGAAAUCAGUAUCUCUAAUAAUUAAACAUCAAUAUUUAGCAGUGGCAAAAUUCAUCGUAGUAUGUAUGCGAUUGUACACAGAGAUAAUUGAUGUUAUUCAUCAACUAAAUCGUUCGAUAGUUGACCACAAAUUAUUCAACAUAUUGCGAGAGGGCAACAUGCAUCAAUCAUAAUUGCUGCGAUAUAACAAACGAAAUGCGUCCACAACUAGACUAACAACCCGAUAAUUGCACACACGCAACAUCCCGCACUUUUCAUCUCUUCAACAGACCCGACCGCGCCAUUUCCAUAGUUCACGCCACAGUGUUCACAUACAAGCGCAAAAUGAUUACAAAAUUCCUUAUGUGUUUGAUCUUUUAUACAGUAUCCGCACAAAUCAGUGGUGAAUUUUGGUGGUUAAAUGAAAAAGUUACAAAAUUACUUAAUAUCGAACCUGUGCAACCUGCUUUUGACGAUGUUAGUGAGUUUGAUACAGACGAAAGUGCUAAAGUGAUUUUCCAAGAAAAUUAUCUGGAUAAUAGUAAGUCGGAGAGUCGCGAUGUUAAUGGUGCAGAUCAAUUAAAAAUUGAAAAUAUGCCUACUGCAAUAUUUUUCAAAGAUGACAGAGUUUUAACAAGACCAGUCAACGAAAAUCUAGCUUUUGAAGAACUUGCGAAUACAGAAAUUAAUUCAAAUGAUAAAAUGUCAAUUACUCAAUCUGAAAAGACGGCAAAUAAUGAGGAUAUCUUAGAUUUUGUAUUUCCUGAUGAAAAAGAAAUAAUAACAAAACACAUUAGAAAUGGAACAAAUUCCAUCGAUUCUCUAAUAAUAAAUAAAAAAGUAAUAAGUACAACCAAUAGACCACCAGCUAUAAUAUUGAAAAAUACAAACAAAUUGUAUGAAAGUGAAAGUAUAUGUACAUUUGUUUCAAAAUUUAGAUGUUUUGAAAGACGUGGGGUUCCGUAUAUAUUUCCAGGAAGAUCAUCAGAAGCAAACCAAGCUAUUUGUUGCAUAUUGCCAAUAAAAUCAAACAAGGCGUCACGGUUUCUUUUUCCAGACGCCAUUGAACAACACAAACGUUUUAAGCGUUCUGGUAAUGAAAGUGAAAACUUAAGUCCUGCAGUCAAACAAAGAAAUGCAUUACUGAGACGAAAGUAUGAACCAAACAAUUCUUAUAUAAAAAUGUCUACAACUACCCCUCGUACAAUAUUAGCCCAAAAAGUGGUAACUUCUGAAGACGACUUGGAUCCAUAUUGGAACGUGAAAAAUUCCAAGUUUAGAAAUCCAUCUAGUUUUGCACAAUCUAGUGCAUCUCAAGACGAUUAUAACUAUAAAGAUUACAUUGAUUAUGCAGAUGAAAUACCAAAACCAGGUGGUCUUGUAGGAUUAUAUUCAGAUCAUGAUAAUAGAGGUUGGUCUUUCGUAAAACCUAAUAAAGGCUUUACUUACAACGAUCCUGUUGAUGCAGACGAUGAAGAAGAAGAUGAAAACAUUUCGUUUGGAUACUCUACGAUCGAUCCCAGAUUCGGAAAUAAAGCUGGAAGUAUUUCGUUAAGACGAAAGCCCUCACACCUAAUUGAUAGCUCACCAGAAGAGAUACGUACGUCUGAGAGUCACGCCAUUAGCUUCCGAUCUAAGCCUGAUUUUGAAGUCUUGCGAGGAUUUAAGUUACUUAAUUUAAAUGGUGGUAAAAAUAGAUUUGUUAGGAAAACGACCACCGGAAGUGAGAAUAAUGAUAGCGGACAAAGAUUGAUUCGGCCCUACAAAGGCACAGUCUACAAUGCAGAUUAUGAGGAUUUUCUAGAUUUGGAUCAACAAGUGUUUAGAGAGUGUGGUAAAAAUGAAGGCUUCGAUAAAGAUUUAAAUGAUAACGAACUGACCAGGGGCGCAGCGCCUUGGAUAGUUCUGAUCGUGCUAACACGCAGUCGACAGAGCAUACUAUGUUACGCAACGUUAAUACAUCCUCGGGCCGCAGCUACUGCUGCAGACUGUGUUCAUGGAACAUCGGUGGGAGAAAUAAGCAUUAUAGCGGGAAAAUUUGACUUGUCAGAAGAGAAUGACCGUUCACAGCACAGAUUGACAACUGUGACAGUUCAUCCUCGUUACAAAGCCGGGCAGCUCUCCGAUAACCUUGCUGUUUUACAUUGGAAGCGGCCUCUCAAGUUAGGCAGAAUGGUACAGCCAGCGUGCAUGUCGGACCCUCACGUGGGAGACGACUGCUUCUUUGUUGGAUGGGGUGGCUACGACGAAGCAAUACAUCACCGACCAAGCUGGCAACGGGCGUCCAUACUGACACCGAAAACUUGCAAUGAAAAACUUACGAAGUUAGACGUGGACAUGCCAACGGAAGCAUUCUGCGCUUCGGUUGACUCGCACAAUACUGUGACGGGGGUGGGAGGUCCUCUCGUAUGCGCGGGAAGAGAACGACAGUCGCUUGUCGGUGUUGCUGUGUGGCGGGAUGACGUCAUACUUACAUUGCCAGUGUUGGAGUGGGUUGCCAGGGUCGUUUAUGAUAUUAUAGAUCAAUGAAUUGUCAGGUAAGUUAUAAAUAUAGACCAAGGCUGAGAUCUUUAAAACGUUCUUUGAUUUUGCUCAGACUUUACUUAGGUAUACAAAUGAUGUAAGUUUUAUUUAGUGUUAAUUCCGCCAAUAUUUGUUUUUAAUACAAUUAGACACACGAGGCAUCCUCAGGACGUGUUGUCUCGCCAAAAUCGCACGAGACAAAAACAAAUAUUGGCGGGAUGAACACUUCUUAGAAAACUUACAUCAUGUCUCGUGCCAGAUUUUGAUUGUGAUUUUGAUAGUGUCUGUGGAUGCCUCGUGUAGAGGCGAAACACGUGUCGAAUUAUUUUAAAAACAAAUAUUGGCGGAAUUAACACUAAA